AUGAAGGUUAAUCAAGAUGAUUGUAAUGAUAAUAAUAAUGAAUUAUCUACAUUUGGAAAUCAAGCUUCAAGAGAUCGUGGUAGUCAUAAUGGUAGAUCAAGAGGUUGUAACCGUCAUGACAGAUCAGUUCGUGGUGAAUCAAGUCAUGGUGGAUCAGGUCAUGGCCAUCAUGUUCUGGGAAGUGUAACUAUAUAG